CACCACGUCGAAUUCUCCUUUUAAUACUUUGUCUGAACUCUGAACUGAAACAGUUUCGUUAAAAACAGAGAGAGAGCUUUCAAACACGAAACUGCCAUGGCGAAAGAGACGAAUCACAGCCGUUGGAUUGAUCCCAAAAGUGGAUUCUGCCCAGAUACGAAGAUCUUCCAUAGCCUCCGACCGCCGGUUCCGCUACCACCUCUCUCUAAACCCCUCUCUCUCACCGAGUACGCUCUCUCUCUCCUCCAGUCCUAUGCAUCCAAGGAAACCCAAGCCACCACCACUGCUCUCAUCGACCUCUCCUCCGGCGUCCACGUGUCCUACUCCCAUUUGCUUCGCCAAAUUCGCUCUCUCGCUCUCUCUCUUAAAUCCCAAUUCCCUUUUCUCUCUAAAGAUGGUGGCCACCGCACCACAACCACCCCAACUGCCUUCGUCCUCUGCCCCACCUCCCUGCAUGUCCCUGUCGUUUACUUCGCUCUCAUGUCGCUCGGCGUUGUCGUUUCGCCUGCCAAUCCGGUAGGCUCCGACUCGGACGUCACUCACCAGGUCCAACUCACUCGACCCGCCAUCGCCUUCGCCACCUCAUCUACCGCCCGAAAGCUCCCUCCUUCUCUCCCCACCAUCCUCCUCGACUCGCCCGAGUUCCUCUCCAUGCUCGACCGACCCGACACGGGAGACUUGUUUGAACCGGUCCACCAGACUGACACGGCGGCGAUUCUCUACUCCUCCGGGACGACCGGGCGAGUGAAGGGUGUUGCUUUGACUCAUCGGAAUCUCAUCGCCAUACUCACCGGCUACCACGAGCUGCGGCUCGAGCCGGCUGACCCGAGCGUGCCUGAGCCGCAUCCGGUGUCACUUUUUUUCCUGCCACUGUUUCACGUGUUCGGAUUCUUCAUGCUGGCGAGGGCGGUGGCUCUGGGGGAGACGUUGGUUCUGAUGGAGAGGUUCGAUUUUGAACCGAUGCUUAGGGCCGUGGAGAAGUACAAGGUAACGUACAUGCCAGUGUCGCCGCCGCUCGUGGUGGCGCUUGUUAACUCGGAGCUCGCUAGGAAGUACGACCUGAGCUCGCUCCGGCUGCUCGGAUGCGGCGGCGCGCCGCUUGGCGAGGAGACUAUCAAGAGUUUCAAUGCCAAAUACCCGAACGUGGAAAUCACACAGGGGUAUGGUUUGACCGAGAGUGCAGGGUCAGUGACCAGAAUGCUAGGUGAAGAAGAGACAAAGAGGUAUGCUUCGGUGGGUCGUUUAGCAGAGAACAUGGAAGCCAAGAUUGUUGAUCCUGAUACUUCUCAACCAUUGCCUCCUGGAAAAAGAGGAGAGCUUUGGCUUAGAGGUCCACUCAUUAUGAAAGGUUAUGUUGGUGAUGAAAAGGCAACAGCUGAGACUUUGGACUCAGAGGGAUGGCUUAAGACUGGUGAUCUUUGUAUGUUUGAUUCUGAAGGGUGUCUCUACAUAGUCGACAGAUUAAAAGAACUGAUCAAAUAUAAGGCUUAUCAGGUCCCACCUGCUGAAUUGGAACAUUUACUUCACUCUCAUCCUGACAUUGUUGAUGCAGCUGUGAUUCCAUAUCCUGAUGAAGUAGCAGGACAGCUUCCCAUGGCCUAUGUUGUGAGAAAGCCUGGAAGCAAUCUCACUGAAGCUCAAGUUAUGGAUUUUGUUGCCCAAAAGGUUGCUCCAUACAAGAAGGUGCGGCGGGUUGCGUUUAUCAGCGCCAUUCCAAAAUCUCCGGCGGGAAAGAUCUUGAGGAGGGAACUGGUCAAUCAUGCUUUGUCUAAGGGUUCAUCUAAGUUAUGAUCAUCCAUUUUGCUCAAGAAGGCUUGCCCUCUUCAACAACUGCAUUGGUUGCUUCUUAAGUUAGUCUUUUUGUGAUCAUUGGUCAUUACAUCAUUUUAGGAAAUGCUGAGAAAUCGUUAUCAGUGAGUUACUAGCAAAAUCUUAUAAGAGGUUUUGUAAUAAAAUCAUUUUUGUAACCUCUGUAGGUUUCAUUCUUUGUGUAUUUGCUAGUAUUUUAUAAGUUCAUUGUUCAAACAUUGAAGACCUAUUCACGGUGAUGAAUCUCAACUUCUUUAUUCCGUCUUCUA